CCACAGACACCAUGUAGUAGGGCCGGCUGCGGCGCCCAGUGAGCUGCGAUGGUUUUGUACACGACCCCCUUUCCUACGAGCUGUCUGUCCGCCCUGCACGCCGUGUCCUGGGCCCUCAUCUUCCCAUGUUACUGGCUGUUGGACCGGCUUCUGGCCGCCUUCAUACCCGCCACCUGUGAGAAGCGCCAGCGGCCAGACGACCCGUGCUACCUGCAGUUGCUCUGCUCCCACCUCUUCACGCCCGUCUACCUGGCCCUCCUCGUGGCCGCGCUGCCCUUCGCAUUUCUUGGCUUCCUCCUCUGGUCCCCUCUGCAGUCUGUCCGCCGGCCCUAUAUCUAUUCGCGGCUGGAAGACAAGAGCCCGGCCGGCGGGGCAGUUCUGCUCAGUGAAUGGAAGGGCACAGGAGCUGGCAAAAGCUUCUGCUUCGCCACUGCCAACCUGUGCCUCCUCCCCAACUCGAUUGCAAAGACAAACAACCUCUUUAACACCCAAGCACGGGCCAAAGAGAUUGGGCAGAGAAUCCGCAAUGGGGCUGCCCGGCCGCAGAUCAAAAUCUACAUCGAUUCACCUACCAACACCUCCAUCAGCGCGGCCAGCUUCAGCAGCCUGGUGUCACCGCAGGGUGGUGAUGGCGUAGUCAGGGCUGUGCCUGGGAGCAUUAAGAGGACAGCUUCUGUGGAAUACAAGGGCGAUGGCGGGCGUCAUUCCAGUGAAGAGGCUGCCAAUGGCCCGGCCUCUGGGGACCCGGCCGACGGUGCCACCCUCGAGGAUGCCUGCAUUGUGCGCAUUGGUGGCGAGGAGGGGGGCCGGCCACCUGAAGUUGAUGAGCCUGUCACUGGUAGCCAGGCCAGAAAUGGGGCCAGUGGAGGCCCAAGGGGCCAGACACCCAACCACAACCAGCGGGAUGGAGAUUCAGGGAGCCUGGGCAGCCCCUCAGCCUCCAGGGAGUCCCUGGUGAAGGCACGGCAGGCCAGCCCAGAUGGCAGUGGCGGCGGAGAGCCGGGCGUCAACAGCAAGCUCCUGUACAAGGCUUCGGUAGUGAAGAAGGCAGCUGCGCGCAAGAGGCGGCACCCAGACGAGGCCUUCGACCACGAGGUCUCGGCCUUCUUUCCCGCCAACCUGGACUUCCUGUGCCUGCAGGAGGUGUUUGACAAGCGGGCAGCCGCCAAGUUGAAAGACCAGCGGCAGGGGGUUUUGGAAAAGCGGGCACCCGCCAAGUUGAAAGACCAGCUGCAUGGCUACUUUGAGUACAUCUUGUAUGACGUCGGGGUCUAUGGCUGCCCCAGCUGCUGCCGCUUCAAGUUUCUUAACAGCGGCCUCUUCUUUGCCAGCCGCUACCCCAUCAUGGACGUGGCCUAUCACUGUUACCCCAACGGGCAGAGCUUUGAUGCCCUGGCCUCUAAGGGAGCUCUGUUCCUCAAGGUGCAGGUGGGAAGCACACCUCAGGACCAAAGAAUUGUCGGGUACAUUGCCUGCACACACCUGCACGCCAUUGCAGAGGACAGUGCCAUCCGGUGUGAGCAGCUGGACCUGCUUCAGGACUGGCUGGCUGAUUUCCGAAAAUCUACCUCCUCGUCCAGCGCAGCCAACCCUGACGAGCUGGUGGCGUUUGACGUUUUCUGCGGAGAUUUAAACUUUGACAACUGCUCCUCUGAGGACAAGCUGGAGCAGCAGCACUCCCUGUUCACACGCUACAAGGACCCCUGCCGCCUGGGGCCUGGGGAGGAGAAGUCCUGGGCCAUCGGUACCCUGUUGGACACAGAUGGCCUCUAUGAUGAAGAUGUGAGCACUCCUGAAAAUCUGCAAAAGGUCUUGGAGAGUGAGGAAGGCCGCAGGGAGUACCUGGCGUUCCCCACCAGCAAGAGUCCAGGGGCUGGCCAGAAGGGACGCAAGGACCUGCUGAAGGGCAAUGGCAGGCGCAUCGACUACAUGCUGUACGCAGAGGAGGGGCUGUGCCCGGACUGGAAGGCCGAGGUGGAGGAAUUCAGUUUUAUCACCCAACUGUCCGGCCUAACCGACCACCUCCCAGUGGCCAUGCGGCUGAUGGUGUCUGCGGGGGAGGAGGAGGCGUAGACCAGUCCCAUUGGCAGCGUCCGGGGCAGCAGGGCCUUUGCCAGGCCUUUGAGACACGCGGCCCCUCCCUGGGCUGUGCCCUCUCCAUUAGCACCCGGUGCUGUGGGGAGGAAGGCAGGGGAGCCACAGUCCGUCUUCGGGGAGCCUGGAAGGAGCGCUGCUCAGCAUUUCUGGGCCCGUGCCACGGACAGGAGUCAGACCGGCUCAGGAGCCCCGGCUGCCUAACCAGUGCCAUUCUUUCAAAACAUAAUUUUCUACAAAUCUACAGCACAACCGAGUUUGUACCCGUGGGUUAGUAUGAGAACCAGGCUACGUAGUCUUUGUAUCUCUUCUCAAGCUUCGUCCAGGGUUCAUUUUUGUCUGCUGCCAAUGUCGUCUCGCAUGCCUGCACCCUCGCAUGCACGCUGCCCGCAUGCCACGUGCCACGCUGUAGCCACACAGACCCCUUGCUUGGGCCUCACCCAAGGCCGAACUCCAAACACAAUCAGAACCAGCCAAAGAAGCAUGUCCUGGGCACGGGCCGCCAGCUCUCCUGCUCCCAGCCCAGGACAGCUUGCUGCAGGGACCCAGGGCUGUGUCAGUACCAGCCAGCCCAGGGCCUACCCAGGGACUUGCAUUCAAGGGCGAUUACAUUUUAAAAAGAAAAUACAGAAAGUUAAAAAAAAAAAAAAAUCAACCCUUCACUUUAAAGGGUCUUUAAGUCUCCAGGCAGACCCUGCUCUUCCUGAGAUGGGACCUUCCUGCAGCCCAGGCACACCAGGGUCCAGCCAGCUUUGGCCAGUCCCAGAGCUCCGUGCCAGGGGACUCCAAUCUGGGCGAUGGAGCCAUAAACAGAAAUCCGAGAAGAGACCAUCCACUUUUUUUAUAGGAAGAAGGGGACUCACAGCAUAAGGGUUGGGGGUGGGUUUCUGAUUUUGAAAAUGAUAGAUUUAUAGCUUCUUCUCUAUCAAAACUAACACAUCCUCCUUUCUACCAAUCCCCUUCUCCCCUUCAGACACCUCCUAGGUUCAGGACCAAUCCUUCCCUGGGGACCUUCCCCAUCCACAUGCCGGCUGAGCUCAGGAACUGCCUGCCCACCCCCCACACACACACCCGGGGGGUGGUAGGGCUGCGGCUCUGACCUCACAGGCCUGCCUGCCUCAACAGCUAUCCCGGCCAACUCCAAGGCUAGGAAGGGACCCUGAAGGGAGGGGCAGGAAACCAGGCUGUGGCAGGGAGGCCGGCCCCCCCCCCGGGGG